GGUGAUUGCAUGCAUGAGAUCUGAACCAAAGCUUUAGCAGGAUGGACGUUGAGAGCCAUGCCUGUCCAGAGGCUUGCCAUUCUAAAACUGGCACCUCCUUCCUCAAAACAUGUUUUCAUGGAUUCAAUGCAUUGUCAGGAAUCGGUAUACUAUCAAUUCCAUAUGCACUUUCAGAAGGGGGUUGGUUCAGUUUUACGUUUAUAUUCAUAAUAGGUGCCUUAUGUUGCUACACUGGUAUUCUUCUGAAACGAUGCAUGGACGCAGACCCGUGUAUUAGAACAUACCAGGACAUCGGCGGCCUUGCUUUUGGCACCAAGGGAAGAACCAUAGUGGUCGUUCUCCUCUUCUGUGAGUUGUACUUGGUAGCAGUGGAGUUCCUGAUACUGGAAGGCGAUGGGUUAGCAAAGCUCUUCCCCACGAUGAGUUUCAGGGUUGGAGCACACACGUUUGUAGCGAACCAAGUGUUCAUUGUCCUGUCAGCCUUCGUGCUUCUUCCCACUGUGUGGCUGAAGAACCUCAAGUGGCUUGCUUACGUCUCUGCUGGUGGGGUUGCUGCCUCCUUUAUUAUUUUGGCUGCUGUUGUUUGGGCUGCCACAGUUGAUGGCGUCGGUUUUGUUCAUCAAAAGGGAAAGCUUUUCGACCUUAGUGGGAUGCCCACUGCUGUCAGCGUCUAUGCAUUUUGCUAUUGUGGCCAUUCUAUGUUCCCCACCAUAUGUUCUUCCAUGAAAGAUAGAACUAAAUUCACCAAGGUACUGCUGGCUUGCUUUUCUCUCUGCGCUGUCAAUUAUGCAUCAAUGGCAGCAAUUGGGUACUUGAUGUUUGGGAGCCAAGUAAGAUCUCAGGUGACACUGAACCUUCCUCUGGACAAAAUGAGCUCAAAGGUUGCAAUAUAUGUAACUCUAAUAAACCCUUUGACCAAGUAUGCAUUAGUUGUCACGCCAAUAGCUCUCACAAUGGAAGAAAGUCUGCUCUUCUGCAAUCAGAACAUUACCAGCUUCGUCGCUAGAACCAUACUGGUGGCAACCACUGUCUUGGUAGCUCUGGCCUUCCCUUUCUUUGGGUAUCUGAUGGCUUUAAUCGGGUCACUGUUCAGCAUGGCACUGUCGGUUUUGCUCCCAUGCAUUUUCUAUCUGAAGAUCUGCAAAGGAUCAAGAAGAUCCAUCUACGAGCUCAUGAUUAUCACGGCGGUUGUUUUGGUGGGCUGCUUCAUUGCCAUUAUCGGCACCUACUCAUCUUUGCGAAAGAUUAUUGAUCAUAUUCAGUAAUUGGGUGAUGGUGUCAGUAUUACUGCUGAAUUCUGCAAACAGGAGUGGAAUUUCCUUGCAAAGUAGUUCGUUUAUAUUUCUUAUGUACAACUAUUAAUCUCCCUUUCAACUUAAUCUUGUCCAUGCAAUGUUUACAUGUUGCAGAACAAGUUACUUGCUAGUUCAUAGCUGCCUCUAAAUUGAAUGUAAUAUUGUUCUCAGAUAAAAGCAGCACUGUAGUUGUAUGCUGUAAUUACAGGCCUCGUGAUGUUUGAAGUUGCAUUUACAUUGACAACAGAACUGCAAUUUGGUAGUAAGAAAGCUCAAGAUUCUCAUGCAUUUGGACGCCUUCUACUCGUAUGUGUUCAAGAAAGUGAAACUGAGUCAUGAUUUGAU